AUGCAGUCGCAUUAUCUCGUGCUUGGCGUCCCGCGAAAAGCAACACAAGAUGUCAUCAAGAAGGCCUACCGCGAGCUCGCGAAAAAGUACCACCCGGAUCGCAACGCCGGGCACACGGCGGCCGGCCUUUUUCAGAAGGUUCAGGAGGCAUACGACGUGUUGUCGGACGAAAAGAGGCGAAAGGAGUACGACCAGACAGCAGUAAGUUCGAUAAAUUUUUCGUAAGUUCCAAAAGCGAUUGUAUGAUUUGCAUCUGUUGAACCCGUAAUCGUAAAAAAGGGCAGGUGAUGAAAAAAAAUCAGACCUAGUCUUUAUUUAUUAAAAUCAGCCUGGCACCUCCAGCUCAAGCAGCUCUUCCUCCUCCAGCACUGACCCCACGAAGGGCCGCCCAGUCGAGGGCAGCUGGAUGGACCCGAACGCCGCCAGAAACCGCAAUCCGAAUGUCGAACUGGCGAAGAAACUCCGGCUGAAAAAGGAAUACUACGAGAAGCACGGCUCGGGCCGGUAUGUCAACCCCGUGACAGGACAAACCUCGGACGAGCACCUCGCACAGUCCGGCUUCCUCUGGCGGUACACGUUUUACUGCCGCCAGAUGCUCUUGGUCGUGCCCUUUUUCGUGUUACCGGUUUCGCUUCUGGGGUUUGUCUUCUGCACCUGCAUCGACCAUUCGAUGACCGGGUUGACAAAGAAAAAGUCGGGGAAAAACCGCAUCCUGUACGACGAACACGGGAAGGCGUACUGCAGAGACGCGCAGGGGGUCUAUCGCAAAUUGUCCUCGGCGCUAGAUAUCGCAGACUGAGAAUAUUGCGAAGGAAGAAGAAGAAAAUUUUGGAGUGGAUUCUUGAGCAUCAACAUGUGAUCGAUAGACACAACUGGAUCUUGUCGACGAGGUCAUGACCAGUAUUUGGUGGUCCUCUCCCCCGGGGCCGUUGCUAUGAU